UCUCUUCACGUUUGUAGGCCACGGAGUUUACUUUGAAGGGAUCUGUGGUGAGAUAAACACCCCAGAAACUGGAUACGCACAGGACGCUUAGCUUACACUAGGACGGCUUUUUCCGGACACAGUACGUGUACUGUACGACUCGGCUCGAAGCAUCGACCAUGAAUCUGGACGAGACUUGUUCCCUCCCCCCCGGCGGGCGCCAGCCAUACGAGGCAGCCCACAGCUACGAUGAGCUCUUCCCCUCCCUGCCCGAGAAUGAGCAGAAGACGGAGACGCAUGCAGACACCCCCGACGAAAACCAGCGACAAUGGACGCAGAAGAUGAAAGUAAAGUCAUCCAUCAUCACGCAGGUGUUCCAUGUGCCCGUAGAGGAGCGCAAGUUCCGUGACCUGAGCAGCCAGCGCUUUGGUGAGCAGGGAGGAGAGCAGGGAAAGGUGUGCGCGGACAUCAUGCAGAAGACUGGAGCCCACAUCGAGAUCAGUUCUUCCAAGGACCAGAGCCUCACCAUCCUGGUGACUGGGAAGGAGGAGGCAGUUACCAAAGCUCGUAGGCACAUCGUCAGGGAACUGCAGACGCAGGCCUGCCGCUCUAUCUCUAUCCCCAAGGAGCACCACCGCUUCAUCCUGGGCAAGAACGGCAAGAAGCUGAACGCCCUGGAGCUGAAGACGGCCACUAAGAUCUCGGUGCCCAGGCCGGACGAGAAUUCUGACCUUGUGCGCAUCACUGGGACACGGGAGGGCAUCGAUCGUGCCAUGCACGAGAUCCAGCUCACUUCUGACGAGCAGGCCAAGCAGGGUUUUGAACGACUGAACAUUUCCAAGGCAUACCAUCCUUUUAUCUGUGGACCAUUCAAUGAGAAUGUGAAUCGCAUUGCCCAAGAGACUGGCGCUCGUAUCAACAUACCCCCACCCUCAGCCAUGAAGGAUGAAUUGACCAUCGCUGGGGAAAAAGAGGCCGUAGCACAGGCCAAAGAUCGCAUCCUUGCCAUUUAUGAAGAGAGGAAACGUAACUGUCAGAUGGUGGGAGUAGAGGUUCCCAAAAGUCAACAUAAAUAUGUCAUUGGACCUCGAGGCCAGAAUCUGCAAGAGAUCCUGCAAGAGACUGGGGUUUCUGUGGAGAUGCCCCAUCCAGACAGUGAUUCUGAAACCAUCACCCUACGUGGAGAGCGUGCCAAACUGGGUCCAGCCCUUACUCUUGUCUACUCCAAGGCCAACAGUGUUGUGAAGGAAGUGGUAGAGGCACCUAGCUGGCUCCACAAAUACAUCAUUGGAAAGAAAGGGGCCAACAUAAAGCAACUCACACAAGACCUCACCAAGGUGCAGGUGGAUUUUGCCGAUGGUCUUGACAGUAUUCGAGUGGAGGGUCCUCCUGAAGAAGUGCAGGAGGCCUGUCGUAAGCUGAGGGACAUGACGCAAGAUCUGUUGAGGCAAGUGGCUUACGAGGAACUGAAGGUGAAACCAGAAUUUCACCGUCACAUCAUUGGCAAGAACGGUGCCACCAUCAAUCGGCUGAAAGAGGAGAGCAAGGCCCUGAUCCACAUUCCAUCAGACGACAGUGACGUAGUCCGCAUAGAGGGUGAUCCUGAAGGGGUGGCCAACGUCAAGAAGCAACUCAUGGAAAUGGUCCACAAGAUGGAAAAUGAAGUCACAAAAGAGUUGAUUCUGGAGCAACGUUUCCACCGGAACAUCAUUGGAGCCAAGGGAGAAAAAAUAAGGGAAAUCAGAGAUAAAUUCAACCAGGUGAACGUGACCUUUCCAGAACCCGGGCUCAAGAGUGACCGUGUCACCCUGAGGGGACCCAAAGGAGAUGUGGAAGCAUGUGCCAAGUACAUGAAGAGCCUGCAUGAGGAGAUGAAGAUAAAUAACUUCAGCGUUGAUGUCCCCAUCUACAAGCAAAAUCAUAAAUUCAUCAUUGGAAAAGGAGGAGCAAAUAUCAAAAAGAUCCGUGACGAGACCAACACACGGAUUGACCUACCUGCAGAGGGCACAGAAUCUGAUGUGAUCAUAAUCAGGGGUAAGAAAGAGGAUGUUCUUGCUGCCAGGAGUAUGAUUCUUGCCAAACAGGAAGAAUUGGAUAAUGUAGUGACCCAGGAAAUCAUGAUUCCUGCACGACUGCACAACUCUAUCAUUGGCUCAAAGGGUCGACUGAUCCGUUCAAUAACAGAAGAGUGUGGGGGCGUGACCAUCAAGUUCCCAUCCGGAGGCACAGGCUCAGACAAAGUGUCGAUCCGAGGGCCCAAGGAAGAUGUUCAGAAGGCGAAGAAGUUGCUUGUCGAACUAUCCAAUGAGAAGCAACUGACAGGCCACACUGCUGAAGUGACUGCCAGACCGGAACAUCACAAAUUCCUAAUUGGGAAAAAUGGAGUCAAUAUCAAAAAGGUUCGAGAGAAAACUGGUGCCCGAAUUGUGUUUCCUAAUGAGAAUGAUGAAGACAGGGAUACUAUCACUAUUAUUGGUCGCAAAGAAGAAGUUGAAGAAGCAAGACAGGAACUUGAAAACAUGAUUGCAGAACUAAAAAGCACAGAUGAGAUUGAAACAGAUGUAGAUCCCAAACAUCACAGGCACUUUGUUGCUCGCAGAGGUGAGAUUCUGAAGCAGAUAGGUGACGAGUUCGGUGGAGUCCAGGUGAGCUUUCCUCGCAAUGGUACUCAAGAAAGCAAGGUUCGCCUUAAGGGACCCAAGGAUUUCCUCGAGGGAGCAAAGGAGAAGUUACAUCAAAUCGUAAAAGAACUGGAAGCAAUGGUGAGUGUCGAGUGUGUUAUUCCACAAGAGCACCACCGUACAGUUCUGGGCACCAGAGGGUCCAAGGUGCAGACUAUUCAAAAACAGUUCAACGUCACCAUCAAAUUCCCCGACCGGGAGAGACAAGCUGGUCCGCAACAACCUGAUUCUGAAAAACCAAUGAUGAAUGGAGAUUAUCACCUUUCUGAAGGGGAGAAUGAUCAGCAAAAGAAUGUAAUAAUCAUUAAGGGGCUUCCAGAGAAUUGUGAACUGGCCAAGCAGGCAUUGCUGGAUUUGGUUCCAGUCACCGAAGAGAUGGAAGUUCCAUAUGAUCUGCACAGAUUCAUCAUCGGUCAGAAGGGUCGGGAUGUCAGACAGCUGAUGGAGGAUCAUGAUGUCAAUAUCUUGAUUCCUCCCCAAGGAGAUUGUUCGGAUGUCAUCACGCUGAAAGGGGCCCCCGAAAAUGUACGCUCGGCCAAGCAGGCCCUGCAGGACAGGAUUGAGCAGCUUGAGCACGAAAAACAGGACAGGCUCCUGCGCAGCUUCCAGCUGAGCGUAGAGGUGGACCCCGUUCACCAUCCUAAGAUUAUUGGAAGGGGUGGUGCUGUCAUAUCUAAGAUUCGUAAGGAUCACAACGUGAAUGUUAACUUUCCAGAUAGAGUCGAUGGUGAUGAAGGCCGUACAAUCACCAUUACUGGCUAUGAGAAAGAUGCAGAGGCGGCACGUGAUGCCAUUCUCAAAUUGGUUCAAGAGCAGGAGGACAUGUACAAGGAAGAGGUGCAGCUAGACUCUCGCGUUCAUUCCCGCAUCAUCGGAAGUCGAGGCCGCAAUGUGGUCAAGAUCAUGGAGAUGUUCAAGGUGGACAUCCGCUUCCCCCGCCCCUCUGAUCCAGACCCUGACCUGGUCGUCAUCCAUGGCAAGGAAGAUGAUGUCCUGGAUGCCAAGGACCACCUGCUCAAUUUAGAGGAAGAAUAUGUACAGGAUCUGAAAGAGCGUGACUUGAUGAGGCAGUACACCCUUCCCCCCAGCCGCAACGGCCACUCGGACUCGGAAGGAGGCCGGGGACGCCCGGAUGGGGGCUUUGUGGUAAAGGGGGCUCCCUGGGACAGGCCCCCCUCUGCCCCGGACACAUCGGACACCCAAGAGUUCCCGUCCUUCGGCGGGGAGGCCCCCCAGAAACCUGUUGCCUGGGGACCCGCCCGCCGCUGCUAGGAGAGGGGAAGGCACCUUGCAAUGUGGUUUUUUUUUUAAAGUCUCUGGGGCACUAAGAGAAAUGCCGGAAUGUUUCCCCACGAGCGAGAGAUCAACUCUUGAAAAAAUAUAUCAAAGUCUAUUGGAUGGUGUCUAAUGACAAAAGAUAGCUGUACUGUCGUCGGCGGGUCCAUGGCAUUAUCUACAAAAAAUGAGUUUUAGAGAUAUCUGAGGAAAAGCAUUUUUGAUUUCUUACAAAAAUCAAUAAAAUAUUGAUAUUUAAAGGCGCUGGCAAAAAAAAUGCUUUUAUUCCAGUGGAAGCCAGAUGAGCAUGUUUGUUCAGUAAAACUGUGGGACAGCAAAUGUGAAAGAAAAACGAAAAUUUUGUAGAUACCCGCCAUUUACCUGCACGGAGAAGUGUGGCCAUCCUCAUUCCACGGUGUUCCGACUUCGGAUGAUGGAGUGCAAUUUUGAGCUUUUUUAAAUGCUGAUAUAACGUUUAAAAAUUUUAUUUGAAUACAAAUUACUUUUAGAUUAUAUUUAUUAAACAAAAAUGGACUAUUUAUGAUGCGAAAGUUGUCUACAUGAAUGGAGUCUUCGGGUAACUCUUGAUGGACUCUGAAAUUUUUUUCGUAUUUCCGGGAAACUGCGGUUUUCCUCGCGAGCGCCCUGCCACAUUGCCAGAUAAGUUUCAGAGACUUCCACGACUUCCUUCCCCUCGUCGAGAGAAGUUUUCUCUCUGGCGAGCGCCGCCUUCGUAUCCUCCGAGCGACAAUUAAUAUUUUUUUACGAAUGAAAAUCAAUUUCAUAACCGCUGUCGGAGCCCGCCCGUUUGAAUUCCCCCUUCGAUUAAGUUUCGUCCCUCUGUAAAGUGUCAAAAAAAAAAAAAAAAAAAAAAAUCGAGGGACAUUUAAAAAGAAAUAUAAGUCAGCAAGCAAUCAAAGACUAAGCAAUAAUAGCCCCAAUCUUCUCAAUUUUGCUUGAUUUGGAUGCAUCGAGAGAAAAGGUGCUACACACGGUGAAAUUCUUCAAAUUGUUUUUGAAACUGAACGGGAUUUGUGAGCAAUAUAUCGUCUGAGAAUGAAUUUUUUUGCAUAUCAACCACUGUCUGAUUUUCCUAAGUGUUCGUUAAGCUUCCAGAAAAUGAGACAUUGUUUGUAUGUUCCUCAAACUGUAUUAUAAGAAUGAAUUAAAGGAAUUCUUUCAAAUAA